AUGAGCCGAUUCGUCCGCUCCAGCCUCUUCAGGCAUACCUACGGCUCGCCGGCCAAGCCGGAGAACCGCUACGACAACAUCAAGAUCAGCGCCAGCGCGUUCGACACGAACCUCGUCUCCGCGUCGGACAAGUACCUCGCGGUCAACUGGCAGGCUUCGGGCGGUGGAGCCUACGUCGUCACGCCGCUCGACAUCACUGGCAAGCUCCCCGACAUCUUCCCUCUCGUUCGCGCGCAUACCGCUCCCGUUCUCGACACCGCCUUCUCCCCCUUCGAUAACGAGCUUGUCGCUUCGGUCGGUGAGGACGGCAAAGUUGCCCUCACUCGCGUGGACGACCAGAUCAUCCGUGAUGCAUGGAACCGCGACCGCAAGGACUUGCCCGACAUGGAGCCUCUCUGGCGCGAGAACGCUCACGGCCGCAAAGCUGGUCACGUCAAGUUCAACCCGGUCGCGCAGGGCGUUCUCGCGACGGCCAGCACCGACGUCAAGAUCUGGGACCUCGAGGCGCAGAAAUCGAGUUAUCAGAGCGAGACGCAUGCCGAUAUGGUCCAGUCGAUCGACUGGGACUGGACAGGCUCGACGUACGCUACCGGCUGCAAGGACAAGAAGCUCCGCAUCUUCGACCCGCGCGCUGGCUCGGCUGCCGUGACGGUCGUCGACUCGCACUCGGGCGUCAAGGGCUCGCGGGUCCUCCACCUCGGCAACCAGGACCGGAUCGUCACGACGGGCUUCUCGCGGACGAGCGACCGGCAGCUCUUCCUCUGGGACGCGAGGGAGCUCAACAAGGGCCCGAUUAAGCAGAUGAACAUCGACCAGAGCUCGGGCAUGCUCAUGCCGUUCUUCAGCGCCGGGACCAACGUCCUCUUCCUUGCUGGCAAGGGAGACGGCAACGUCCGCAUGUACGAGUACGACAACGACGAGCUCUUCUACCUCUCCGACUACGGCAGCUCGCAGCCUCAGCGCGGCAUGUGCUUCGCGCCCGCGCACGCCGUCGACGUCGAGGAGAACGAGAUCGCCCGCGCGUACAAAGCUGUCGGCACAACCAUUGAGCCGGUCUCGUUCAUCGUGCCGCGCAAGUCUGAGGCGUUCCAGGCGGACCUUUUCCCUCCUGCGCCAUCCGACCAGCCCGCCCUCUCCGCUGCCGACUGGUUCGGCGGCAAGUCUUCCAACCCGAUCAUGGUCGACAUGGAGACGCGGAAGACGACCUCGUCGUCCGAGCCGGUCAAGCCGUACAAGCCGACUGCUGCUCCGGCCGCCGCGCCCGCCGCUGCCCCUGCCCCUGCUCCCGUCGAGAAAGCGGCACCUGCCCCCAAGGCUGCGACUCCUCCGCGUGCUGCCUCUCCUCCUCCGCCUGUGCCUGCACCUGUCGCUGCCGCACCUCGCGCUGCGACUCCUCCGCCACAAGCGCCCGCAACCAACGGCACCUCCGCGACGUCGAACGGCGGGUCGAAGGACGACGGCGAGGUUGCGGCUCUUCGGGAGGAGAACGAGCAGCUGAGGGCCGACUUGGCGGAGAAGGACGCCGUCAUUCGCGAGCUGGAGCUCAAGCUCGAGCGCGUCAAGUCGGCUCUUGCCUGA